AUGAACAGGGCAGUCGCCACUUGCUGUAUAUUUCUCCUGCUAUCAGCUUUCCUGUGCGAUCAGGUGAUGUCCAAGGGUGGCAGAGGAGGUGCCAGGGGUUCAGCACGGGGCACUGCUCGAGGUGGCCGGACGUCUCGCGCAAGAGGCUCCCCUGCUGUACGGGUCGCAGGGGCUGCGGCUGCUGGAGCAGCAGUGGCACUGGGAGCUGGAGGGUGGUACGCAUCAGCUCAGCGUCGCCCGGAUGACAGCUCAGAACGUGGAGAUGACUAUUACAGUAACAGAACAAACUGGGAGCUUUACCUCGCCAGGACAUCAGGCGCAACAGUGCACGGCUCCACCAUCACCAGACUUUCAGCUCUGCUUUUACCAAUAAACUACAUGAUGCACUUUGCCCCUUGAGGCAGUUUAGG